AUGUUUGACGGUUUCGCACCCCGCCACAUCCCUGGCCUUUUCGUCGCCUCGACCAUGACGUUCGGGGGCAUGUGGCCAAUAUUCAACGCCCGAGCAGCGAUACUCGAGUUCGGUUUCCCGGCUAGGAUAGCCGACACGCCCGCGGCGGCCCCGGUAAUGGUGGUCGGGUGUGCUCGUACUACUGUUAUCGGCCUCCUGGUCUUUAUGUUCUACUCCCGCGGCCAGCUUGAUCUCGUAGAUCAGGUGAUGGCUGUUAUAGGCUCAUACGCUGGGUUGGUCGAUAGCUAUGUUGUGUGGAAAGAGGGUAGGCCUCGAAAGGCAAUUUUCCGGCUCGUCAGUUCUUGGCUGCUUGCUGCCUGGGGGUUCGCUGGGUUGACAGCGUCCAGUAAAUGA